AUGCUCUCCUGGCCCACUAUAGGCUUGAGACUGUGCCAAAAAGCGAUAUGUGCGCGAUGCGUGCUAGCGGCAUACCGACACUAGCAUUCUACAGCUGCAACCAGGCGCGUUUGCGAUACCUGCUGCAUAGAAACUUGCCAACGGAGCGCUGCGCAAGCCUUUGCUAGCAUACAUCGCCGCGCGAGCACAACAGCCACGCAGCGAUAGCACCACACAAAAAAAAUGGCGAGGCGAGCCGCGAGCUGCCUGCUCCUGUUAGCCGCCGCAACCGCGCGACGGCCGACGCCGAUCAAAUUGAACGCCCUGCGCGGCGGCGCCGACGACUUCGACGAGAGGGUCGGCGCCGCCUUCGUCGCCGCCGCGCAAGCGUCCGAGGCCGAAACGAGCAAGGCAUCCCAACAAAUCGACGAGGGCAAGGCCGUCGAGGGCCUCGGUGAUAUUCUGGGAAGCGCCUACGACAAGGCCCUGGCGGCCUUUGACGCCCAGGCCCCCGCCAAUUCCGGCGAGGACCGCGCGCGGCUCGAGGAGGCCAUUGAUUCUUCACUGGAGCUACUGUUCGUGAAGCAGCUCGCUCUCGUAAGGGCGAAGCUCCUGAAGGACGAUCUCGGGGAUGUCGAAAGAGUCGUAUCGACACUAGAUGAUGCCGCGGAAGCGGCCAGAAGACCAGGCGCCGACUGGGAGUCGUCGUCAGAAACCGCCGCCGCCGCAGCAAUCUCGAGGGAAGUCCGCAGCAGACAGGCAAAAGUUGCGGACGUCGCCGCCAAGGCCCAGAAGCAGCAGCAGGCCUACCUGCAGGUCUUUCAGCUCUACCAGGCGCAAAUCGCGCAACUUAAGCAGGCCGUCGGCGAGCAGCCCGCGACGCUGCAGAUGUCGUAUCGCGUCCCGGACACGGACUUGGCUCUUUCCGCGUCUAGGUCGGACGACCGCACAACUUUAUCGCUGACGUGCGUGCCCGACGACUCCGCGCCCUUGCUGGGGCCGCAGGGAUUUGUUAGGGGUGUCACGCCCUUGGACCUGGGGCUGACGCUGAACCUGAAUAUCUGA